UCCCAGCCUUCGUGCAGCGGGACGUGGUGCGCUGUUUGGGGCCCUUGCUGAUGGAUCCCAGUUUAGCUGUGAGGGAGACAGCUGCAGGUGCUCUCCGAAAUCUGAGUGCUUGUGGAGGAUUUGAUGUCUGUGAUGACAUGGUGACAAACGAUGUCAUGACACCCCUGGUUGUACUUUUGAAAGAGUGCAGCACUGGACUGGAUGCUAACCAGCUCUCUCCAAAGAAAUGCAAAGGGAUGAACAAAAAUUAUAUUGAAGACAUAGCCAAUGAGGCUAUUAAUUUGCUGUGGAAUAUAUGUGAAUGCAACAAUACUGCCCUAUGCAUAUUCAAUAAAGAAGGAUGUCUGGAGGCUGUGUUACAUUACAUGAAGAAAUUUGCCACAAAUGUGGAUCUGGCUAUUUCAGUAGCAAACUGCUUGCAGGCAGUGACAGAAGAUAAUCCAGAUCUUCUUUCUUCAUUUAAUGCUUCUGCACAACAAAUACUGGAAACAGUGAUGCUGAGUCCAGAGAGCAGCAUGAAGCACCUCCUUCUGAGAACACUGAUAGCAGGCACUAUCUGGAAUAUAAAGGAUACCAUUCCACCAGGCAGCCUGGGAAGCACGGUUAAUGCAAUCCUGAAGAUAUUUUCAGAAUCGUUGGCAAUUGACGCUGGUGAAACAAUUAUUCGUAUGAAUGAAGCUGAAAAAAACAGAUUAAAACUUGUUGUGGAAGCAGAAACGGAGGAAACCAUGAGUGAUACUACAGAAAACUGUGUUUUGUGUGAAGAUGAUAACAUGGAAGAAAUACCAAAAGGAAAACUCAGAAGAGAAAAUGACAUUUCAGAUUUACUUCCAUCUGAUAAGUGGGAACUGAAAGAAGUGACAGCUUUACUGAUGGCUCAGCAGACUGCUCUGGAAAUCAUUGUUAAUAUGUGCUGCAGCGAAGAUCCCUCCGAUGAUGAGUGGGAAGAACUCUCCAGCAGUGAUGAGAGUGACUUGUUCAUGGAAAACUCAUACAACGAGGGGAGUGGGCUGCUGCUGUCACCCCUGUGCCUCUCUGAUGAAGUUAACUCAGCAUUUCUGAACAACCUCAUUCCAAAGAAGAUUCUUGAAAAAACUGCUUUUCCGAACAGUGUUGCUCUAGACAUCUGUACGCACAAUCCGUCUUGGAAACCAUUAAUUAAAAAACUGAAUGCAGUGCAGUGUCGAGCUUUAACGUGUCUUCAGAGCAUUUUGUUGGUGUCAGAUGUGGAUUGUCUUGGGGGAGCUUCAGCACUUCAGUCCCUUGCACAGCAUCUCUCACAGCUGAUCUUUUCUAAAACAGAACUCCCUACAGACACAGAAUUCCUGGAAGCUAUAACCAGUGCUUUGAGGGCUCUCCUGCAAACAAUGGCAUCAAAGAACAUCUCCCAGUGUAUGACUCCUGAGCAGCUCCUGGCUUUAUGUGAGGCUGGUAUUCAAAGCAGCAAUGCCAGUGUUAGAGUGAACGUGGUGAGCAUCCUUGGAAUUUCUGGCAGUGUCCUGGCAAAAGGACAAGAUACAGCUGAAACACUGAAGAUGAUUGGAAAAUUUCUUCUUGAGGUUGCUAUGAAGGAGUCUUCUCUUGUGGUAGCAGGGGAAGCCUUGGAUGCACUUUUUGAUGUAUUUGCAGAUGGUGAAGAAGCAGAAAGGGCAGCGUUACAGAUCAAGUUGCUUCCAACACUGAAGGAAUUUCAGCCAGUGUUCAGAAUGCGGAUGCGAAAAGAAGGCAAAGGACAAUAUAGUACAGAUCAACUGUGUGUUCUUGACAAUGUGAAAAUGAAUUUGAGAAGAUUCAUUGCAUAUCAGGAGACACUAGGGAAAACCCCAACUUGAAACACCGAGGAACUUUUAAGGAAUAUUGCAUUAGCCUGUUCCCUCCUCUCUGCCCCUUCAAAUGGAGAGUGAAAAGCACUUCCAGAACUUCAUGGAAGAAUGGCUGAUUCAGCUAGUGAAUGCAUGAUGUUUCCAGAUAACCUUUCCUGGGAAGUUCCAUUUUUAGUAAAUAAAAGAGUUAAAAUUCAAAGCAGUGAUCAAAAAAAAACCAACCCAAUUUGACCAUAUUAAAGUGUGGGUUUUGUUUUUUAUGCCCUUCAUGGCAUACUUGCUAAUCUAAAGCGUUUGUGUUAUUACACCACCUGUAUUGCGUCUUGGCUAUAUUUGCUUGGGACUAGGGUUGCUACUGAGGAAUCCUGUAAACUAAUAAACCUCAGACCUAUAACAAAACUUGUUGACAUUUAUCUGCUAUGGGUGUAAACUAAAUCAUGGGUUUUUGCAGAAUUAGCUUUAUUUAAAAAGAAAAGGAAACAAAACAAUUAUUUUUCCUGUUGCUGUUACCUUCUUAAGGGUAAUGUAAAAUCUUUUAUUUGACUUACACUUUUCUUUGUUGCAUUUUUUAAAAAGUUUGUUAAUUGAAACUUAUUUGAAUUUUUUAUGUGCAGGGAAUAUCGUUUAGACUCUUCUUGUUACCUUUUCCCGCUACGCUUGUAAUUCUCAGAAUAACUGAAGAAUGUGGGGUUUGGAAGAUAGGGUUAUUCAUAGUGGUUAUUUUCCAAUUCCAAGACGUGUUCAAAUCCCACCAGUUUCCAUUUGGCUCUCACUAGUAGUUUUAGGUGCAGGUCCUAAUUUUCAAAGCAAUUAAGUUUGUCAACACUACCCCCAACUUUAAGCCUCUUGCUGUGGUUCAUUUAAUCUUGGGCAAUGCAGAUCAGACACGCUGUGACAUAACAGAGUGCUGAGGACAGUAUGUUCUGCUCUGGGAUGGUGGGGAGAAGCCAGAACUUCAGUCUUUGAUUGUCACCAGGAAAUGGUGCUAAGUCUUUGCAAACUGUUCCCUUCACAGAACGCUUGAAGUUGGAAUGUGACUUUUUAAUUCUAAACCCUCCACCUCCAGCUUCCUAAAGAGAAAUCAUCUCCCAUGCAAUUCUGCAAGUGAGGGAAGCACCAGGCCCUUCGUGCAAAACACUGGAAACUUUGUAGCUGAUAUUAAAGAUGUUUUAAGGCUGUAGUAUGAAAACACUAAAAAUAAAACCGAAUCUGACAAGAA